AUGUAUAUGAGGAGCAACGCCCCACACUUGACCUAUGCAAAGAAAAAAACAUUGCCUCUGAAGAAGAAUCCGGAAGGGCCGUUGAAAAAGCCACUCAGUGAGAUUUCUGAUCGCCUUGGGGUUUCUAUGGACCAGGUUCUGCUUGCUUGGAUCAAGGCCAGGGGAUACGUUCCCGUAACGAUGAGUACAAAGGAAGAUAGGCUUCGAGGAUACGUCAAAGCCGGAGAUAUCGACCUUACGGAGGCCGACAUUCGUGCUAUCGACGAGGCAGGGGCGGCGGGACCUUGA